CACAAUCCCUGUUCUUCCAACAAUUCAACAAAACAGUGGAGAGGUAAAAGCAGGAGAGAACAAUACUUACAGCAGAAGAGAGAGUCACUAAAACAAACAAUACAGAGAGAAGAACAGAAGGCAUUUUAUAUAUCAUGCCUGCUGUUUAGAUUAAUAGGAACAGACCUGAUAACUGGAACGGAAAAUGGCUGCUUCAGCGACCUUUAGCAUGCACAAUAUCAUCCCUGAAAAUGAAACUUGAAGUGGAUAUUUUCAAUAUAAUCAACAAGAAAAAAGAACAAGAGAUUCACAUUCAGUUAAGGGAGAAAAAAAAGUCUAUGUGGCUACAGCUCAGAAACUGAGUAUGCUAGAAUAAGAAGAGAUCUCAAUUCAAGCAAACUCAACCGCAACAACUGGUUCACAAACAAGUGCAUCAAAGCUAAAAAAUGCCACUUUUUGGUUGGAUGAAAUGGUCAAAAAAUGAUUCCUACAAAUCUGCCAAAUAUCCUGGCUCAGAAGUAGUGACCAAGACCCUGCUGAGGGAAUUGAAAUGGCACCUGAAAGAGCGUGAAAGAUUAGUACAAGAGAUUGAAAAUGAACAAAGAGUCCAGAAAAAUGGUGUGGAUUACAACUGGCUGAAGAACUACCAAAAUCCUCAAGCCACAAUCCCAGCUACUGAACAAAGGCAGCUUGAAGUCCUUUGUUCACAAAUUCAACCUUGCCAAACUGGAACUGUUCUUAGCAGAUUUCGUGAAGUUUUGGCAGAAAAUGAUGUCUUACCAUGGGAAAUAGUCUACAUAUUCAAGCAAGUUUUAAAAGAUUUUCUAACUACAACUGAGAAGGAAAACCAACAAGACCAACUGGUAGAUGUAUGGAAUACAAAUUGCUCUGAACAUUUCACAGUGCCUGGUUACAGCUCUAACAAAUCGGACAAAGAUGAAAUUCCCACAGUUUCAAGUUACGUUGACAAAAAUACACAGAGCAUGUUUCCCACUUUUUCUCACCGAAUCUGGAAUCUUCCACAUUACUAUCCAUCAAGUUAAAAUUUUUCUUCAGUUAUCUGAGUUCCCUUUUAUCAUCCCAAUUCAGAGACGUAAAAACAUAUAGGAAUAAGAAAUAUGGCAUGCUCCCCUUUGUUGCAAGCUCAGAAUUUUAAAUCCCUAAUUAUAGUAUCUAUACAUUUUACAAACUUUAAUUAAAAUCAUUAGCCUUUUUACCAUUACUAUUCCAAGGAUGUUGUGUUUAAGGGCACCUUUUAAUAUAAAGAUAUGAAAAAUAUAACCGUAGAUCUUUCCAAAAAUGUUGAAACUAUCCUAUUUGUACUGUACCUAUAACAUCUACUGUAACAAGCAAUAGCCAUUUUCCAUAUUUCAAAAUCCGAUCACUGUGCAAAAUGUUAGCAGGGACUUCUGUUCAGUAGUCUACAUAGUUUUUUGAAAUUCU